GUGAGGCUCUCUCCUCCCUCUGCUCUCCUCUCUGGGCUGUAUAUAAGUGUGUUUCACUGGCCUGUGUUUCACAGUGACAGACUGAAUGCAGGCCUGAUGGCUGUACGGCGCUGAGGUCCAUCAUGACCCCGGGAAAGAGGCCCCCCGCGGACUGCUAAUUAUCUGGUGAUGUGCAGCAUCUACAGGAUGAUUGACAGCUGCUCCUCCUGAACCCCAGAAUGCCUGUGGUGCCAGUGGGCGGGACAUCCUCCUCCCACCCUGUUGUACCUGUUGCCCUCACCUGCUCGUGGCUGCUUCUGCUCUUUCACGUUGCCUUUGGUCAGAAACCUGCCAAGCUGCCCUUGAUCAAUCGGAAGCCCUUCAUCGCGGCCUGGAACGCCCCUCUCGACAUGUGCACCAUCAAGUACAAUGUCACCACCAACCUCGACCGUCUUUUCCACAUCCACGGGAGCCCACGUGCUGGUUGGACAGGCCAGAAUGUCACCAUUUUCUAUGCCAACCGGCUGGGCAACUACCCUUACUACACCCCGCAGGGCGACCCUGUGCAUGGUGGCCUGCCACAGAACUGCAGCCUGGACAUGCACCUGCUGAAGGCCUACCAGGACAUCAACCACUUCAUCCCUGCAGAGGACUUCCGGGGCCUGGCUGUCAUCGAUUGGGAGUACUGGCGGCCUCAGUGGAGCCGUAACUGGCACAAAAAGGACAUCUACCGGCAAAAGUCUAGGGAGCUUACCGCCAAGGCUUAUGUAAACGUGACGGCAGCGCAGGUGGAGGAGCUGGCACGGCGGAGAUUUGAGAAGAGUGCCAGGGCAUUCAUGCAGAGGACUAUUCAGCUGGGGACACGCCUUCGCCCCAAUGGGCUCUGGGGUUUCUACCUCUACCCUGACUGCCACAACUACAACAUGCAUGAUCAGAACUACACAGGCUUCUGCCCCCUGCUGGAGAGCAUGAGGAAUGACGAGCUGGGGUGGUUGUGGAACAGCAGCACGGCGCUCUUUCCCUCGGUGGCAAUCAGGAAAAGCCACACAAACAGUAUCAGCAACCUUCACUUCUCCCAGCACAGGAUCAGAGAGUCGCUCCGUGUUGCCUCGCUUACCUCGAAGGAGUAUGACCUCCCCACAUACGUGUACCUGAGGCUGGGAUACCGGGACGAGGCCAUGGCCUUCCUCACCGCAAAAGACUUGAUCCACACCAUCGGGGAGAGUGCUGCUCUGGGUGCUGCGGGAUUUGUCAUUUGGGGUGACCUGAACUUGACCUCAUCCAGGUCUAACUGCUCCAAAGUGAAGACAUUCCUGAGCUACCGCCUGGGUAAGUACAUCAUGAACGUGACGCGAGCAGCUGAGGUCUGCAGCGACUUCUUGUGCCAGAGCAACGGCCGCUGUGUCCGACGGGACCCCCGCGCCCGCCAUUAUCUCCACCUGAGCGCCAAAAGCUACAAAAUCAGUUCCUCUAGCAAUGUGGAGUUCACUGUCACCGGGUGGCACUCUCAACACGACCUGCAGCUGCUGACUGAGAGGUUUCGCUGUCACUGUUACGAAGGUCACGAGGGCGAAACCUGCGAAAGCAUCAACAAAGUGAAGGAGGACGAUGGGCCGUGGAGGGGGGGGGAGGAGGACGAGCAGGAGAGGAAGAGGACGGAGUGGGAGUACGAGCAGGAUGAACAACGGGAAAUAGGGGAGAGUGCGGCGCCCCCCGGUGGCUUCAGCCUUCACGUCAUGUUGCUGCUGCUCCUGUUAAACUUAGUGUUUGUAAAGACAGUCGUAUGAUGCACGCUGACAAAAGGAGGAGUCAUUUCUCAAGCUGAGUAAAGACGUUACUUUUCCAUGAACACGAUGUCCGACCAAGUACUUGAGGAAAUGACUAAGUACUAAUUCCGCCUAAUCAUUUAGUCUUAAAAAUGUCAAACAACACAGUAAGGCUGCAUGCUAACAUGCUAAGAAUAACAAUGGCAACAGCUAAUGCUCAGCAGCAACAUGUUAACCAUGUUUACAAUUGUAUUUUGGCAUGUUAGCAUAUUAACAUUUGCUAUAUUAGUCACUUUUGCAGGUAUUUGGUCAUUAAAAAAGUAUUGAACAAAAGAAGAAAUUCUACCUGUUGAUGGUGCUAAAAGUCAGGGAUCACCAAAGUCAUUAGGAUUUAUCACAUAAGGGCCGUGAAUGUCUGCACUAAACUUAGAGGCAAAUAAUCAUGUAGCCCAUAGUAUCUGCACCAAACCAAGCUAAUGGGAUGUUGGCUGUGGCAUUGUACUGUAUAUAACAGACAGACAUGACUGUGUUUUCAGUCUUCUAACUCUGUGAAAAAGUGUAUUUCUGAAAUGCAAGAAGAGUUCCUUCAAAGCUCAGCCAAGUGGCUGCUGAGUGCAGAAUACAACUUUUAAAGGAAUGGUUAAAGGUGGUUAGUGUGAAAUGAAUGUUGAAAAGUGACAAAUGUGUGAAAAUCACCACUUCCUUAUUAAGGAGUGUGUGAUGGCACAGAGGUUUGGCACGUUAACAGAUGAAGGUUUGGUUGAUUGUUAAACAAUCACCUGAAUGUUGCAGCAGUUUCUGCAACAACCUGCACUUCAUCUUUAGCCGACAACUGCAUCAGUUUUUCGAGGAAUGUUCAUCAGUAGAUAUAUAAAUAUAGAGUUGUGGUUUAUUAAAGUGUGGCAUGAGUCACCUUCGGCAAAAUAAAUGUUUGACAUGAUGAUUCAGCGUCGCUGCAGAGCUGAGGGAUGGGAUCAGAGGGAUCACGUUUUUUUUACUUUGAAAUAACUUUGCGAGGCAGCUGGAUUUCUUGCCAAAUCCAUCUUAUUCAGAACCACAGUGGUUCGUACCCAUCUGCAUUCUAUGAGGGGGGAACUACUGGCAGCUACAGGCAUGUCUUAGGUGUGUGGCAAUAGCAAGAAACAACUGUUCAUUAACAACAAUGGCAGCUCCCAAAGGGGGUUAGCCGAUGCUGCUAUAGCAUUAGUUAUAUAUACGAUUUUGAGAGUAUUUCUUCAUUGAAAGAUGAGCCAAGAAGGGCACUGAGGGUUUUUGUGAUGAUUCCGACUAGAGACAGUAACCGUGAUAGAUGGCGAAAGACAGAUGAUUCAUCCACUCACCUGCCAAGAUCUACUUGAAAGUGUUGCGUGCCCUUUUCCAGACAAAUUUCCAAUGAAGCCUUCUCACACGAUUCUGUGCAACCAACCAUUUGAUGUGCCUGCUUUUAAAUGGUUCACAGUAAAAUCUGGCUUUACUGCAGGAAGAGCAUCUUGUUUGCCUCUCGGAGGAAACUGAGGAAACUGUGCUGCACACAAUCAUAUGUGGAAAGAUAAUCACUAAGAUCUGACACUUUGUUUGUGGUAUUUUUGAAGACAUUUAUUUCUGAUAUGAAACCUGUUUAUUUCCUCAACAAUAAGCUGUUAUUUCACUUGUUAUUACAUACAUACAUUGUUUUAGUACUGUUGCUUACUCUAUACUCUUGAACUGCUCUGAUCAGGAAACGCCACAUAUUUGAGCCUGUGUGGGACAUGGCGUGCACAUGUUAUAGGUACUAAUAAUCAGUAUAACUGUAUUUUCUUUUCAUUUUUGUUGGUUUUGUUACUCAAAACCUAACCCAAGAUAUUGUGCAGAAGUUACUAUAUCUUAGUCUGGAAGAAUGGGAUCAACAGGUUGUGUCAGGUUUGGGAUUUUCAUUCAUCUCAAUGUGGCUGCACGGCUACUGUCUCUUAUUAUUAAUUCUUAUUAAAACUGACAAGGACCUAACCUGAACACAUUAGAGGUUCUCCCUGGUUUGUUGAUGGCUCCAGUUUAAACGUAUUGAUUUGUCUCCUUCUCUAUCCCUGAAACAGCUGUGAAACCUGAGGAUCUAACUGCACCAGACAAAACAGCCAUUCACCAUUUCACUUCAUUAUCACGUUUGUCUCAAGGGCUGCAGUCAGCGUUUAUCUGUGGCAGCCUGCAUACUAGAAGCACAGCAAUCUGCUGACAAAAGAUUUUUAAAGAGAAUGAAAGACAGUUGCUCAAAUGCUAAAGUAAGUAGUUGUUAACUUGACAAGCACCUUCUGUUGGUUGCAUUAUGAUUUGUGCCUGUCGGGUCAUUGUCAGAAUGUGUGUGAGUGGCGUUGAGUUAUAGUGCCACAAAGAAAUCAUGGAAAACCAAAAACAAUGUAUGGUUUGAGUGGAUUAGAAUAAAAUAAGUGCAGCUCCCAAUUCUCCAAUUUGACAAACUAGGAUGCUGAAACAUUACUACAUUUCCCAACUUGCAUUCGACCACUGUGUGUGUUCACAGAGUUCGUGGAGUGUAUUUUAGAGGCAGCAUGAAUCAUGAUAGAAAGUCAAUGAAAAGACACAAUUAGAUGCACAUUUUCCACAAAGACAAGAGGAAGAAGAGGGACUGUGGUGACCAUACUGCACAGCGCUAUGUUCCACAAAGCUCCUGCAUUCAUAAGAAAUAGUUGCCAUGCUCUGCUCCAUGUUAAAAAGAAGGUUGAGGUAGAUGUUUGACACAAAGUGUUCAGAUCGAUCUAGAGUUCUGUAUUACUGUUGAACUUGCUGGACCUAAUUCUGGCAGUUGAAGUUUCGACUAUCGGUCUGGUACACACUUCUUAUAGGAGAUCAUACUCACUCACCAAAGAUACAUAGAGCAAGAACAGAUGUUCAGGGUGAGGACUGGGACUGAAACAGGAAACAUUCUCUCUAUAUCCAAGUCAGUGAACCGUCAAACUCAUUUGAAGCUGCUAUUUUAAGGUUGAGAAAAAGUUGUGAUGGUGAUGCUUUUAUUCAGUUCAUGCCCUGUAAAACAUUUGGUGUCUUUCCAUUGACCUUACAUUAUUAGCUGUGUCUCCAUCCAUUUUUGUCCAAUCCAAAUUUAAUCACAGACCACAGAUCUGAAACAUUUAUACUCAAACUCAAACAAAAUCCAGAACAGAGGUGGCCCUGAAUCUUGGUUUUGGUCAUUUCAUCAUUAAAUUAAGGUUGAGUUUCUUUGAAGUGGAACAUGUAGCAUCUGGCACGACUCUCUGUGACAUUGAUCCUGGUUUAUAAUGAACCGUUAUUUUCAUCUCAAACAAGCCUCUCAUCAUGAUGCUGUAACUGUUUCCUUUGCUGUUUUUUGUUUUUGUUUUCCCCCUUAAGAUUGUAAACCAAAUAUGCACCAAGGACUAUGCAACACAUGAAAAAUGUUGAAUGUAAAUGCACUGCAAAUAAAGACUUCUCUUCAGUA